CAAGUCACACGAGCCUACCUUUCAAACAUGAAUUUCAUCAUACAACCCCCUCCCCAAACCCCAACACUGAUUCUAAAAUUACUCUAAACAUGCUCAAAUCAUCAAAUCCACAAUCCAUACCAUCAAAUCAUGCAUGAAUAUCAUUUCCCCUUCUUCUUCCUCUCAUCAAAAUCCAAAGUAAAGUGCGAAACUGAAACCGAUCCUCAAACAACUCCAUUAAUCACCAAUGCCGACGAUCACAACCUCCAAUUACAGAAUCCGACGACCGCGAUUGCUCUGGUGCUUACAUCAUGGCUUCACGGCCGGCGAUUACGGUACUUACUUCUAGCUCUAUGUUUGCCGUUCCUCAUUCCGAUUGUGUUUGCGAGUAUUCCGGUGGUUUGUGUUAUGGAAAUUUGUUUCCGUUUAUACCGCCGUCAGUUGAAAUCAGGACCGCCGCAGGAUUUGGAGGGAGGAGGCGGAGAGGCGGUGGAUUUGGAUUUGUUUGAGAGGUAUCUUGAAGAUCAGUUAGGGCUUGUUCUUGAGGUUGCAUGUGAAUGUGAAUAUGAAUAUGAAUAUGAAUAUGAUAGUGGUGGUGAUCAAAGUGGUGACUGUUUUGGUGAUUGUUGAUUUUGAGUGUAAGUAGUUUUGAUUGAGGUAUAAAGAUGAUCGAGGCAGAUUGUGUUUUA